GAAGCGGCUGCCCCAUGGCUGCAGCGGGUGGCGAGGGGCCGGAGGGGACCCCGCUGCUGCCAGCCGGUGCUGCCCUGGCCCUGCUCGGUGUCCUGGUCUACCUGGGUGCCCUGUGCGCUGCCUGCAGACGCAAGGGCAGGAAGAAGAAGGUCCCGCCGGAUGGGGUGAAGCUGGUGGAUGAGUCCCUGCUCAGGCAGACGCAGCUGCGGUCGCUCAGCAAGUCGGACACGAAGCUGCACGAGCUGUACCGGGUGAAGGCCAGGGAUGACGCCCAGCGCCCGGCCAGCCUGGACUUCACCUGCCCCACGGCCCCCACGGCCGGUGCUGACCCCCAGCACGGCGCCAGCAUCCUCCUGCACCGCGAGCUGCCGCAGAUCCCGGUCCCCGAGCCCCCGGUGCCCGACCAGACCUACUCCAACCUGCUCUUCACGCCGCGGCGGCGCCCGGCGCCCGACACCGGUGUAUGAGUGCGUUGCCAUGGCGGGGAUGACGCGCCGGGGUCCCCCCCACGGGCCGCGCACGGGCGGGCCGAUUACGCCUGUGUGCGCAAGGCGAAGAAGGGGGUGCCCAUGGAGGCGCAGGACGGGGCUGCAGCGGCGCCCCCCGCCGCGCUGCAGUGCUGGGAUGGCACAGGAGGUGCCCCCCAGGCGAAGCUGGAAGAGAUGUACUCGACGGUGUGCAAAGCCACCAAGAAGAAAACCCAGGUCCUCACGUCACCCUCGAGGGAGGUGGGUGCUGGGUGGCCACCCCCCCGCCCGGAGGAGGGUGCCCAGGCCAGGUCCUGGUCCCCAGCAGCCCCCGGCCCCCCGGACCCCUGCUACGAGUCCAUCAGUGACAGAGCCUGGAGCGCGCAGGGCCGCGGCCCCGACCCGGACUAUGAGGCCGUGGAUGUUAACUGGAAGAGGGCGGCGAAGCGGGACAAGCCCCCCGAGAACCUGUAUGAGAGUGUUGGGGACAUCUGGGCCGGGGGGUCCCAGCGAGCCGCGGCCAGGACGGCGGCCAACGGCCUGGAGGUGUACAUCACCAACCUAUAG